CGUCUUCCCUCGAGACCGGCGGCGAAUUCCUUUUGAAGAUCUCCUAAAGAUUCACAUUUCGCAUUAUCUCGUUUCCCCCAUUUUCAAGUUCCGAUAAAUGCAACAAUGAACCAAAUCGAAGAAGAAGAUGGAGAUCCAAACCCUAAUCUACCGGAACGUCUCUUCGCCGUCGAUUGCUAUCCGGAUAAAGCCCGUCUUAAUAUAUAUUCAAGACCCGAGUAUCUUGGUACACUUGCUAAACUUCUCCAAGGCUCUGAAGAAUUGGAACGAAUUAAAAGUUCUCAAUUUGGGAAAUUGUUCGAAUUCCCUGUUGCUCGUUGCUCACAUUCAGAAGAUGAGAUAAAGAAGCACCAGGAUCAGUACUUGUCUGUGUGGAAUAGGCUUUUUGGAAAGAAAAGCAUGGUAACGGUUGGAGAUGUGUUGGAUAUGUUGUUACAAAAUGAUAAAGUCAUAGAGAAGAGAAAGCAAUUUUCUUCUUGGAAAAAGCUUUGUUUAGCUCUUAUUGUAAUUGUGGAUGGUGUUGUUGUAUGCAAUGACCAAAGCUUUAUCAGUCCAGAUUUUGUGGAGAUGUUGAAUGAUAUCGACUUCUUUUUGGAUUACCCGUGGGGGAGAAAAGCUUUUAUCGCAACCAUUUUUCGUUUCGGGCCACCUAAGGAUGCACCUAAUCCGAUAGGGAAACUUAAGAAACGUUUGAAACAGAAGACGAGCGCGUGUUACGGGUUUCCUCUAGCUCUUCAGCUACAAGCUUUUCAAUCUAUUCCGGUGAUAUUGGAGAGGAUAAAAGAUCCAACGGAUCUUCGGAACUUCAGUGAGAGGUCAUCUGAGGGGUUGUCAACAGCGUUUCUGCUUCGUGAGAGUUACAUUCUUGACGCUGAGGUUGAUGACAAGCUUGUGGUUGCACACACAUUGGAACCUAAGGGAACGAUUAACGAAUCUGAGUUGGUUUGGGAAACAGAGGUUUCUGAUCCCAAGGUGGAUUACAUUUUGAAAUUGAUCAACGAGGGACAUUGUUUUAAACCAUUUGAAUGGCCACACUUGAAAGCAGCAAAUCAAGAGGUCAAUAUUCCAGACAAUGAUGGUGAUAGCCCUGAAGAUGUCACAGAGGUUUAUCAAGCAAGGCACAAAAAGCCUCUGACUAGGUCUUCUAAGAAGGAGAAGGAAGUUGUCAAGCCUCCUACCAUCCACAAACAUACUUCUCAGAAGAAACCAACGGCUAAAGUUCCUGUUGGCGGAGAAAGUAACGACCCGGGGUACAUCACGCUUGCUCAUUUGAAUGACAUGAAGGAGUGGAUACUGAAACAGAAUGAAGACCUCAGAAACAAGAUUAGGGAGGAUGUUAAAGAAAUUGUUGGUCCCAAAUCACCCGCAGGAGGAGCAUCUAAUCUGCGCCGAUCAAGCAGGCUUAACACCAACCAUAAGGGAAAGACUGAUGCAUCACCCUCUAAGAAAACCGGCAACAAAGAAACGCGAAAACGAAAAAGAAAACAGGUAGAGGUUCACUCCUUAUCAACUGGAAGCGAGUCAGCCGGUGACAUUGAAGAUGAAGAGGAUGUUCAGAGUACAUGGAAAGAGGACGGAAAUGCGCAAAGCCGGGGUACAUUUGAUAAGUGCGAUGAUUGUGGAGAUGCUCUAAAAAUCACUCAGGAAGGUGAUUUGAUGCAAGAAGAAAGCGACUUUGAUCACUGUUCUUCAAAUUGUACAAAGACGAAAGAAUCAAUGAUGAGAGAGAUAGAGAAUCUUGAACUGAAGCUUCAAUUGUAUGGAGGACAUGGUCUGAAUAAUUUAACCUACGACGAGCUUCUUCAUUUUGAGCAUCAACUCGAAUCUUCUCUCCAUAUUGCUCGAGCUCAUAAGCGGGAGCAGCAGCAACAACAAACAGACAAGCUUAAGGAAAAUCUCAUGUUGUGUCAAAGGCAAGAAGAUGAUGACAUCAUGCACCGGCAAGUGAAGAAGGAGAACCCACCGGCGUUCUUCAGCUCCUCGCGCCGCCACAACCAGCCCCAAGACUAGGACAACAAUUUCUCUCUAUCUAGCUAAAUAUCUAAUAACACUUAAGCAGAUCGACCCGGUUUGGUUCAGCCUACCAGACAGUUAAUUUAUUACCGGUUAUUUUCUUUGCUGACUUUCUAAUGAACAUAUUGACCCGGU